GGUUUUGUGAGCGCUUCCGGUCGGAAAUUGGCACCUGUUUCUGAGACUGCUCUGGAAAAAGCGAAGAACCUGAUUCUGGUAGACGAGAUGCCUGAUGUGAGCACUUCGGAAGUUUGUGAUCGAGUAAGGACGACCGAGUCAGUUUCUGGUUUUGUGAGCGCUUCCGGUCGGAAAUUGGCACCUGUUUCUGAGACUGCUCUGGAAAAAGCGAAGAACCUGAUUCUGGUAGACGAGAUGCCUGAUGUGAGCACUUCGGAAGUUUGUGAUCGAGUUAGGACGACUGGCCCAGUUUCUGGUCGGAAUUGCACAGCUGUUUCUGAGAACGAUUUCAAGAAAGCUGAGACUUUAAACGGGGUAUGUGAAAUGUUUGGUGAAAACAAGGCGGUCGUAUCCAAUGCUUCUUUAGUUUCUGAUCAACAGGGGGCUGUUCAGGAAUUUGUUCAACUCUCUGCAUGUAUUGACGAGAAUGAUUCAACUGCAGGCUGUGAGACGGAUGGUGAUUCUUUGGUCUGUCUAAUGGAAGAAACACAACUGGAAGCCAAGCGCCUUCAAGCGCGUCUUGAGCAACAAGAGACCAUCUCCCGGAAGCUGCGUCUAUCAUCACCUUCGAGGCGAAAAUCGAACAUUCCAAAUGAUACUUUCUCCCUUCACUGUCCCGGUCUUUUGUGGCGCGUACGUUUAUCCAAAAGGCAAUUGACAAAAAUUAGUCCCACGGCGGUCAAUGAUCGUGCUUGUGGACCAUGGUUGUACUCUUUGCAAUCUCUCGUGAGAAAACCAGACCACGGACCGGCUAAGAGUGAAUUCCAAUUGCCUGAUUCGGUUCACUUUCCUGCUGACUUUUCUACGUUUUCACUUCGAACAUCCGCCACAAUCCGAUGGCUCUUGGACGAACCCAAUCUGCCAGUUGGGGAGCCACCAAUUGCUUACGAAAUUGGAGAUGCGGUUCAAGUGAUUCCUGAUGGAUUUGGUUGCGCAGGCAAGACAGAACUGAUCAAGUAA